GUUUAUAUUAAGUAUUUGAUACAUUCUCGUUUAAUCAAUCAAAGCAAGUCGCGCUUUUAUUCGAUAUAAAAUUCCGUGAAGAUAGUAAAAGUAACACGUUUCAUUAAUAAUGUUGAAUAAAAUAAAUCCUUUCGUCCUUGCAACCGUAUUCAUCGCGUUGGUUUUACAUUCGGAUCAAGUUUCUGGCGGUGCCACCGAGGAGCAAAUGAUAUCUGCUGGAAAGCUAAUGCGAGAUGUCUGUCUGCCAAAAUUUAAUAAAGUAUCACCAGAAGUGGCAGAUGGCAUCAAAGAAGGUAAUGUUCCAGACACGAAGGACGUAAAAUGUUAUAUUAAUUGUAUCAUGGAAAUGAUGCAGACGAUGAAGAAAGGCAAGUUUCUUUAUGAAAGCGCAUUGAAGCAAAUCGAUUUGCUGAUGCCGGACGAUUACAAGGAUGAUUAUCGCAAUGGACUAGCAAAGUGCAAAGAUGUAACAAGUGGUAUAAAGAACAAUUGCGACGCGUCCUACGCCCUUUUGAUUUGUAUGCGCGACAACAUAUCGAAGUUUCUUUUUCCUUAAAGUGCUCGUCUAUUACUUUUUAUUGUAUUUUAUUUUUGACAUCGCAAUUAAAUUUUACAAAAAUUAUAAUAAAAAUACA